UCAGGUUUUCAAGCUGGUCAAACUAUCAGUUACUCAUGUGGUGGAAUGGUGGGACGUUAUAUAAAUCUGGUCAUGACUGGACGUGUAUAUACUCUCACUCUCUGUGAGGUUGAAGUCUAUGAUACAGAGAAUUUAGCACGUAGAGGAACGGUUAUACAGUCAUCAACACAUUACAUCAGGGUACCUGAAAAAGCCAUAGAUGGAAAAAGAUAUGGAUCAGCCGAUGCCUACUGCGCUACUACAGGACUUCAAGAUACUCCAUGGUGGAGGUUGGAUCUCUUGAAUUAUUAUGGGAUGAUUACAAUAAUCAUCACUGCUAGAUCAGACGGUUAUCUUGAUGAAACCGAUGGAGCAGAAAUUCGGAUUGGAGACUCAUUGGAAAACAAUGGAAACAACAAUCCCAUAUGUGCUUUAAUAUCUGGUCUUACUGGCAGUACCGUCAGUUAUUCGUGUGAUGGAAUGAAGGGACGUUAUGUGAAUGUGAUCAUACCUGGACGUGUAAUUAAUCUCGCUCUGUGUGAGGUGGAGGUCUAUGCAAAACGUAAUUUCUGA